AUGAGUACGAUGAUGAUCUCAUUAGCAUCGAGCGUCACGCGAUAUCGAUAUGAGAACGGCAGGCGAUAUCAUGCGUUUCGGGAUGGUCAAUUCUAUGGACCCAACGACGAUAAAUAUGCUUCGUAUGAGAUGGUGGUACACCAUCUUUGGCUCCUGACACUCGACGACAAACUCUUCCUCGCACCUAUAGAUGAUCCGGAGAUGAUCCUCGACGUUGGCACUGGAACAGGUCUAUGGGCAAUAGACAUGGCGGACUACUUCCCUUCCGCCGAAAUCAUCGGCACAGACCUUUCGCCCACCCAAGUCACCACCGCCCCUCCAAACAUCCGCUUCGAAGUAGACGACGCAUGUUCGGAAUGGACGUACCCACGAGAUUCGUUCGACUUUGUGCACGUGCGAGGCCUCACAGGUUGUGUGAGAGAUUGGCCGUAUCUCUACGAGCAAGCAUACAAACACCUCAAACCCGGCGGCUACUUCGAGCACCUCGAAUUCAGCAUCGACACGAACGCGGACCCCAACAACCCCGCCCACGCCCACCAAAUGUACACCCAAUUCUCCAACUCGAUCCUCUCCCUCGGCGACAACCGCACGGGGAUGACCUUCCGCACGAUCCGCCACAUGAAAUCCUACAUGCUCGCCGCCGGCUUCGUCGACGUCGAAGAGCACCGCUUCGUCUGGCCGAUCGGGCCCUGGCCCUCGGACCCGCACCUCAAGGACAUGGGGCGGUGGGGCGAGCGCAACUGGGCGGACGGCAUCGAGGGGUGGGUCAUCGCGCUGUAUACGCGCGUGCUCGGCUGGACGUACGAGGAGGUGCAGGGCUUCGUGAAAGAGUUCAGGAAAGUGAUUAAGGAUCGCAAGAACCAUUUCUGGCAUGAGGUGCGCUGCGUGUAUGGCCGGAAGCCGUUCCCGGGGGAGGUCGUCGAGUCGGGAGGGAAGGCGGAGGCGGAGGGAGGUGCUGCGGAGGUGUAG